UAAUUCGAGUUGCACAUGCUUGAUCUUUUAAGAAUUUAAAAAGUGAAAAAUGUCUAGACAGCGGUCUAUAAUAAAGUAAAACUAGUGCUGGUGAUCAGUAUUAGAUUUAAAAAAGCGAGUUUUAUGUAAUUGUCACUGCGUGGAUAACGUCGGAUUAAAAAAAGAUCCAGGAACAGAUAGGCGUGCAAACUAAACGAGUGUGAAAGAAUUUGGACUUCUGUCGUCACUCUCAUGAAAUAGCUGUGCCAGUCUUACGAGAAUUUCCAAAAAACAACGAAAUGGACGACUCCAAAAGGCAGGUCAUCAUGGGUCCACCGGCGGCAGUGACCAGCACCUCCAACCAACCGCAGCCCGUUAAUCCCAGCAUUUACCCUCCUCCACAAGCGACCAAAAGUGCUGCAGCACCGCCCAAGCGGAUAAUUAAGAAGAUUCAGCUGGAUUUCAACAAGCUUAAGGAGGCUGGACUCGACAGGCAGCUGGCCGAGGUGCUCAGGAAGCAGAAGCUGGAUGCCAAGAGGGUGGGCCACCCAUCGUCCAACACUCUUUCCACCUCUGCCGCAGCGCAGUCGACGCCAACUGCGGCAGAGAGCAAAUUGCAGUCGCCACAACAACAAUUGCGUCAGCCUGCACCUCAGCCCUUGGUAAAGCGUAUUAUGAUCUCGGAAUAUAUCGAGAAGGUGGUGCCCAUCCAGCCGAUCCCAAACACAACGGAUGGUGACCGUUCCAAGCAAGUGAAGGCGCUAUUAAAGAACAGGAUACUAAACAAGAGCUUGGUCAUGAACACGCAUUCCCAGCAGAAGCCAACAACUUCCAAGGCAGCAACCAAGAUGCCACCACCUGUCUGCCACGAUUCAGCUCCUCGUAGUGGCGGGAUUUCCCCAUCUCCUGCAGCCUUUUCCGUGCCCAUUGCCAAGGCGGACUUGAAUGUCCGACCAAAGCAGCCCCCACUUUUGCUCAAUUUGGUCAAUCAGCUGCCCAAACAUCGAGCCAUGUGCAUAUCGAGUAACAGUCCGUUGGUAAACCAGCAUGGGACUACUGAACAGAUUUCAGUACAUCAUGUUUCACCAAGUCCACAGAGAAUGCCAGUACAACAAACUCCGCAUGUUUCAAGCCAUCUUAAUCCAGCUCCAGAGAUUUCUACAGCUCGAGCAGCUGCUGCUGCUCCCACACAACUUCACAGGACACCAUCACCGCCGCUAAUUGUGCUGGAGAACAAGGUGUUGGCACCCAAUGAGAAGAUCGAUUUGAGUGGGCUUCGCCUGCCAAAUGCUCCGGUGGAAGCUAAGAAUUCUGCGGAUACCGCUGCUACUGCUACACCGAAUAUCCAAUCUAAGGUGAUCAAGGGCAAGGUUAUUAUGAACGCCAAUAAGUUUAAGGUAUCCCGGGAAAAACUGGCAGAGAUGGCCAAAGAGAUUCGUAAUCAGGUGGAUCAGGUGAAACAACCUCAAGUUAUGAAAACACUAAAUUCAAUAGAAGUUAUUUCCAAAAUUGAAACUACUAACACAAUACUUCAACCAAAACGAACUUCGCCUUUCUCUUCACCAACUCUAAAAGGAAAUAUCGCUCCUUUGUAUAAUUCAAAACCUAAUAAAACACCAGAUUUGCCAGCUGGCUCAAGUAUUCGUUUGAAUCCAUUACCAGUAGAAUCUACAAUACAAACUAUGGAUUCGAAAGAGUCUAUUGAAGAGCAGGCAAUAGACUUUCCUACAUCAGUGCCUACAACAACUGAAGAUCAAAUUACUCCUGAUUCAAAUCCAUCUCUCAAACAGCCAGAAUUCCCACCAACAAUUUCAGAAACGGAAGGAGUCAAGACUUUCGCAAAUCCUCUUGACUUUCCUGUAUAUAUUCCGACAACUCCGGAGCCAAAAUCAGUCACGACCACAGAGGCGAGCCCUCUAAAAUCUUUUGCUGAAUUAAUAGAUUAUCCGGAAGUAAAUGCUGUUAAAUCAAGUACUCCUGUAUAUAUUCCAAUAACUUCGGAAAGAGGUAAUUUGACAUCAGAGGUUACCACAGAUUCAAACGCGCUUGAUUUGCCUAACCCAAAAAACAUGCCUGAAGAACUAAAGACGGAUUUGGUUACCUCUGUCCCCCCAACACCCAAAUCGCAUAAUACGAAAAACGCAGAAAUAGGUGAUUUGGAUUCCCAAGCGGACACAUCAGCAAAUGAUAACGAACAAUCGAGUUCUUCUGGGGCUACAUCACCAGUGCAUAAAAUCCAAUCCGCAGUAGAUUUCAUAGCUCAGCUGACAGCUGAAAAUCCGCUGGAUGAAAGCAGCUUUAUGGAUCUUUCACCGGAAGAGCAAAGGUUAAGUGCUCUGUUUGGAUUUGGAGGAUGCUCGUUUCCUAGUGCGCCGAUUGAGCAACCCGUGGAUGAGCUGCCCAUCGGAAAGAUCGUCAAAAUGGACGAUAUGAAUAUAUUGCACGCUACUUUGGACAUAAACAGCGACAGUACGAACGUACUGCGGAUCAGUCCAAACGCAGUGAGAAUGCAAAGCAGUGUUUCAGCAUUGGAUAAAUCAUUGCUUGAGUUAGAUGUGGCAGACUCAGCACUGGAGGAGACUAAUAUACAGAUUAACUUCCCAACACCAGUAGAUACCACUGCAAUCGAAUCAGAAAGUGUGAAAUCUUCGGUAGAUAUCACACUACUUGAAGAAACCAAAGAAGUAACCUCUGUUAUUACAACUUUGUCAGAAAAGUCUGACGAAAAAUCACAAGUGCCUUUGGAGGAGGUCAAGACAGUGUCAGAUCCAGAGCCAUCAAAGGAGGUCAAUCCUCCCGUGAAAAGGGCACCUAUCAGAUCCAAAAAAGCUAAAAUUAAUCUAGUGCAACGCACUAAAAGACCAAGUAUCCCAAAGCCGAUGGAAGUGAAGAAAGCCAAGUUAGAUUUUGAAGAGGAAGACGAGCAGGCGUUGGCUAUCGAUCACAGCCUGAUGGAGGAUCGAUACGGAGUCCCUGGAAUCGAGGUAAUUGACCAUUCAGCUAUCCUAAGCUCAGACCAAAUAAAUCAUAAUUUAUCUAGUGUUAAUUACAAUCCAAAGGUGCCAGCAGAUGAGAAGCAGCGUGAAGAAGAAAUCAGUCCAAUUCAAGAAGAAGAUUCAGCUAAAAUCCAAGACAAAGACGAUGAGAGUGAAAUAAACUCGCAGAAAGUAGAUCAAACGCAGUCGAAAUCUGCAUCAGAACGAGACCUAACCCAGUUGUAUCACCCACCCAAAAUGCCCAAAAAUAAAUCAACACACCAGACCAGUAGUCAAGACACCCUAGAGGAUCCACAAGCCGCAUCGUCAAGCAGUAAUGUCUCCCUAUGGGAUGUCCUCUCACAGGAACCACCAGUCCCACAGGGCGACCCGCAGUUACCAUUUCGAAAGGACUCCAAGGAGUUAAAUACCAGUGCAAAUAGCUCAGUUGAUGUCACAGGAAUACAGAAUUUAAUUGGCCACUUAACUGCCGAGAAGGUGGUGCCACAAACCAAAAAGCUAUCGCCAACUGCUAAAUCAGAAGAAGCAUCUAGAGUGCCACCGCGCAAGAAGCUUGUUAAGACACGUCCUGUUCUCAGCAAGAGAUCCACAAAAGCUGGCCAGAAAAACCCGACGGAGAAGUCCGUGCAUUUUGAAUUUCUCCAUCCAGUUAGCGCGAAUGCGGGAAAUCGGGUUCCCACUUCCAGCACUAGUGAUGAUGAUAGCUCCAUAUUUCUGGGCUUCGAUGAUAACGAAGGGAAACGUUCUAGGACUCCAGUAAGAAGCAAGCGAGUGAAACAAAUGAAGAUCAAUGAAACGGACAUCAGCGAUGAUGCUACACCCGAUCACGAUGAGACCGAGGAGGAGCAGCAGUCUAUGGAGAUACAGCAACCAGUGAAGAGCUCUGAGGCUGUUUCUCUGUUUACUUUUAACCAUCACAAGGUUGUGGAAGCUUCUUCUGAUGAUUCAGAUAGCAGUAAUGCUGGUCCUUCUAGUCCAAUAGAUUUUGGAGGUAACAUGUCGAUGGAUGACAGCAAAACGAGUAAAGAGUGUCCAAAGAAGAAUGAAACCGCAUGGGAAGAAUUGGUAAAUGAAAAGCCAAUUGCCGGAGACGCAAUUUCCCCUUUAAAAUCCGCUAUUGAAUCAACAGAAGAUUGUCCAGGAAUUGAUGAUCAACCUAGCACGGAUGUGGAUGCAUCUAAUCAUAGAGAAGAAUCAUCUUUCUGUGCUCCCAACGACAAUGAGGACCAAAUAUCUCAGAGAGUCAUAGAUGAAAAACAGCUAGAGCCUGUGAUAAGCGAAAAGGAUUCCAUAACUAUUGACAGCAGUUCACAAAACAGAAGAAGAAAGUCAACAAAAUCAAUUUCAAUUACUGUAACGGAAACUCCUGAUGAAGAUGAUAAUGAUAGUUCAAUUACUAGCAGAGUCAACGAAAAGCGAGUUACUAGAAGUCCUUUAAAAACACCAGAAUCCUUGGAAAAUACUGGUACGAUUAAAAUGAAGGAAAAGCAGGAAGAUGUAUCAACUGAGAAGCCAGUCUCAUCCUUAAGAUCUAGGGGAAAAAGAAAGACAGGAAAUUAUAUCAAAAAGAUCGAUGAGCCCCAAGAAGUUAAUAAUUCAGAACUAACUUCUGAAAAAACAAGUUUCGCAAAAAAAGACGAAGAAAUUACAGAACUAGAAGAUCCUGAACGAUUGGCGACAGGUGAUAGAACAGAAGGCACAGAUACAAUAGAAAAUCCGAAAGACAAAAUCACCGUGGAAAACACUGAUACUAAAGAAAAAAGAAAAUCUCGUUUUAAAGCUCUUAAAGAUUCUAAGAAAGAAGGGGAAGAUAUUCAAGCUCCUGAGGACGAUGCGAAUUUGACAAAAGACGAUUUACCUUCAACUAUUGAGAAUAAUAUAAGUUCAGCUGAGAAUCUAAAAGACCAAAAGCCCGUUGACGUUCCGGAGGUAUCCGUAAAAUCAAAAAGAAAUCGAAAAUCUCUUUGUGCAACACCAAAAACUCAAGUGCCACCUGUUAUUCAGCCUGAACCAGUAUCAAAUCCUGUAUCAUCUUCAGAAAAUUCGGUACCUACGAUGGACGUUGAUGUGUCAGAGGAGAACGAGGCAAAAAAUAAGCGAAAAACUCGAAGUAAAUCUCCAAAAACAAGAGGUUCAUCAACUAUUAAGCAGAUUGCAAGUCCAGAAAGUUAUGCAAUUAAAGAUUCAAAUGUACAAGCUAUAACUGAAAGUUCGACGAGACCAACUAGACAAAGGCAAUCUCGUUACAGUAAAGCUAAAUCAACUUCCAAAACUCCGGCAGAUUCUGAACCUGAAAAACUAACCGAAAGCGGCAUAUCAGGUGUUAUUCAAGAUUCAGGUGAGGCAAAAGCUGGUGCAUCAGAGAAACCAAGCGUAGACGUAAAUUUGAAACUUAAAAAGAAUUCCUGUGAGGAACAAGAAGAACAAAAAAUAAGAAAAAAACGGCAAUCCCAAAGUGGAACAUCAAAAGUAAUAGUUCCACCAGUAACUGAGCCAAAAUCUGAUUUAAUUCCGGAGAAAUCACCUACAGAGAAUAAAGAUGAUAGUGGUCAAGUCCAAAAAGAACAGAUAGAGCCGACAACGUCUAAAAAUUCGAGGGGAACACGACAAUCUCGAUCAAUAGCAUCUUCAAAUACUCCAGCCACUACGGUUGCCACACCUUCAGAAGAUCCUCAGUUGGCUAAAAGUGAUUUUGCCAAACGAAGGACUUCGUCUCGAAAAGAAUCAGUCCCAACAGACACGACAUCCUUAGUUAACGUUCCAGAAGAAAGUGCGGCUAUAGAAUCGGCUCCCAAAAGAGGCAGAAGGAGUAAUAUCUCUAGUGUAACACCUGACACCUCAACACCGAAAUCAAGUAAAUCUGGGCCUCUAAAUGCUAGUGAGAUGAUCCCGCCAACAAGUGAAGAACCGAAGGUUCCAGCAAAAAGGGGAAGAAAGCGCGCUCCUUCUUCUGAUAUACAAUCUCAAGCAGCCAAAAAGUUAAAGACUGAGGAAAGUUCGGAAACCGAAAGAGUAGCUGAUUUUAAUCUUCGCCUUCUGCUCAUAAGAAAGCGGGAUCAGUUGGACACAGACGAAGUGUUAACCGAUGAUGGAAAGGGGCAGGGUCCUCUGCAUUGUGGCUUGUGUAUGGCGCGCAGCGAUAAGAACAAUUGGCAGCGCCAUUUAGGAGAGCAUUAUGGCGUUGGUUGGCUUGUGGGGGAAACACCCAAGAAUAUCACACGUGCUGGUAUAAUGACAAUGAUGAAGAACUAUCUUCAGAAAAACGUAGGAAAACUAACUUGCCGCCUUUGUAAUCAUCAAUUGGGAUCGUACUUGGGCAUGAUGCUCCAUCUGGAGGGAUGUGGCAACAAGCAGCGUUUUCAGUGCGAAUUCUGCCAGCGCUCCUAUACCAAACUCUCACUUCCGGUCCAUAUAAGAACUUGUCCGAAGCGCCUAGCGCCCCAGGUCAUUGAAGAUCCGGAAGACGCGGAUAGAGAUGGCAAAGAAACCGUUUUUAGUAAUGCUGGCCGUGCGAAGCGGAAGUCUACUAUUAAAGCCGAAACCAAGUUAAAGAAAAUUGGAGAAGCCCUCACCACCCAAAAGUCGGGGGAGGGGGCUACCGCAAAGAACGAUUUCGAUGGCGACUCAUCAGACUAUGAUAUGACCAAGGACAAGGAGUCUUCUGAGGAAUAUGAUUCGGAAGGAGUGGAUUCCAAUGAGGACUGCAUAAGCAGCGAAGGUGAGGGCAGUCUUGGCGACAAUUUCUCCACAUCCAAGCAGUCGAAAGCAAACCGACGCGGAGACAUUGACAGGAAACGAAUAUAUAAACGACCAGUAAAUGUGGGAGAGUGUCAGCAGAAGCCUUUACUGUCGCGUUAUCAUCACCUGGAGGCUAGAGCGACCCAUAAAUGGAAUGAAUUCGUGCAACGCAAUUAUGGAGCUGCUGCUUUAUUCACCCAUCUGCUGCCCAGCUAUUCGAAUAUCUCUAGAAAAGAUGCAGAUGGUUUGUUACCCCCCAGAAACAUACCAUCUAUGCGCUAUGCGUAUGGUAAAGUUAUGAACAAAGACGAUUGGAGACAAUUGUCACCGUUUGAGGGCUUCAACAAAGAAGGUGAAUAUGUCGGCUAUCUGGGGAGUUCGAUUAAGAAACUUGAGUGGGUCCCCCUUCCUCCGAAAGCUGCGAGUCAAUACCUUCUAUGUUCCGUGCGCUCAAAGAUGAAAACCUUUGCAAGACACACAAAAUUAAAAGAUGAUGAUGGUUUAUUGAUGUUACUGAAGUGUAAUGCCAAGAAUGCAGGCAAAUCAUGGACCCUGAGACCAGAAUUUCAUUAUGGAGUUCAUGUACCCGAUGGACCUGUUCAUAGUUUUUCAUUUUUGCCCAGUGGUGGCUAUGAUAAGUCUUCAAAUCGAUUAGCCGUAUUGGCUGUGGCAAAUACGUUGAGUAGUGUUCAAAUCUAUGCCCUUCCAUUGGAGCUGGCCAAUGAUGAAAAUACCGACGACAAGGUGGUCAUCCAACUAGAUUCAUUGAUUACGCUUACAUUGGAUAUAAACAAUCCUGUGCAGGAUCAGUGCACCAAAAUUUGCUGGUCGCUGUCUUCGGGACACAAUUUUCUAGCAACAGGCUAUAGCAGCGGUCACUUUGCAUUAUGGGACAUUGACGAUAAGGACAAUUUGAAUUGUUUCAACAGAAAUAAUCAGACUCAUUUUGUGCCUGUAAAUUUUCAAUACGUAGGCGAGCGGAAUGUCCAAUAUAUGGAUCUGCACUAUGACAAUAAUGGUCCACGGUGGCUUGCAGUUGGCACUUCUAUACGUCAAUUUAAAAUUUAUGAUAUUGCGAACUGGUCGAACCCAUAUAUACUGACACAAGACACCAUUUCCAGUCUUUAUAUGGCUAAUUUAACCUGGUCACCUAUUUGUGAGACCCUUGUAGUUAGUAGUUCACACUUUUUUCGUACUAUAGCAGUUAGUCCCUCGGGUAUACAAUUCGAGCACAGAACCCUUGAUGGAACCCUAACAACGACACGGGAAAUGCACACGAAUUGCCAGCAAAAUCACAUGGUGUUUGUAACUGACAACGGCGACUUAGUAUUCCUGGAUGUGCGAGAUCUUAACUGUGGCCCUGCUCUGCUAAAGUCAACGGUCAACUCACGUGCCGUAUCCACUACCGAGUUGCACCACUUGGGCUCAUCUGCUCCGAAGGCCACGGAUCCCAUCACCCCCGAUGACUUCCUCCGGGACUAUGGGUUGCAAAUUAAUCCCCUGGUCCCUGAGCCCCACAAACGAAAGUCGACAUACUUGAGCGCCAAACGUAGACCGCAAAACAUACACUCUCUGGCAAUGACCAGAUUCAAUUGCGUUCGUUGCAAUUGGAAUUCGUCCACUCAUACGUGGGUGGCCAUGGGCGCAGAACAUGGCUUGUUGCGAAUCCUUAACUUCGAUCGAGAUAAAUUUUUUUAAAGGAUUUUGUGGAAACACUCUAAUAACUGAAAUCUUCUGAACAAGCACUAUCUGAGAUUAUAACUUAUUGUUUUACCAUAUAAGAUGAUUAGUUUUAAAACUCGUCAGAAAUUGUUUGAUUGUAAUUUAUUUAUAGCUGUUGUAAAAAUAUAUAUAUUAUAUAUUUUAUAUGGAGUUACUGUAGUUUAUAUAAAAUAUAUUUACCUGCUUUGCAAGCAAAGAUUGCAACUUA